GUGAGCUGUGAUUGGUCACAGCUUGUCACAUGGUACAAGGCUGUUGUGAAUAGCUUUGUACCAUGUGACCUCUGUGAUCAUUCACAGAUUUCACAGGUAGUAAGCAAUGAUGUCAGAAGUGACAUCUUGCUUACUACUAUUCAUGUGAUCACUGAUUGGCCAAUCAGUGAUCACAUGAUCGGGACCUCACACAGAGGUCCUGUACAGCGCAGGGGCAGACUGACCAGAGGACACAGCGAGCACCAGAUUAUGGUGCUGUGAGCUUCCAGGGAGCACAAGCAGGGAAGUGGGAGG